CAGACGUCAAACAAUGUUAUUUUGGUGCGAUUUGUUUUUCGUCGUAUUUCGCUGAUACAAACGUAAUUUUACUAGAUCUGCAAGUGAUUUUACCUUUGCAUAAAUAGGUUAUCUUAGAUUACCAUGUGCAUGAUUGUUUAAAUCGUUUUAAAAUGCGGCGAGGUCACCCGGGUCGAGGCGGAUGGCGGGGAGAUAGUCCGAGGCAUUUUAGGCCUAGAAACGUCGGAAACCCUGGAUUUAGACCACCUAGGAACUUCCAACCGUCUCUUCUGGAGACUCCAAGAUUUCCUCCACCACAGAGGUUCCCAGUGUGGGCUGGUCGCCCUCCAUACGAUGGCCCUGGACCCAGUACACACGAGGACCAUUAUCAGGACAGAAGUAGAUUCAAGUACUCCAGACAGAGAGAUGAGCGGGAUCGGGAUAAUAAUCGACACUACCAAGAUAGAUCACACCAAAAUUCCUAUCAUGACCAAUCAAAUAACUAUGACAAACAAAAUGAUUUUUAUGUCAAUAAUAUGGGAGAUGUAGAUCAAAGGCAACCAUUUGUAUCUUCACAGAGAAAAGAGCAGUAUCCAAAGACUGACCUUCCACCCUGGGCCAGCCGAACUCCUUUCAAUAGACCUGAGGAUGCCACUCUGCAGCCGGACUACUCUGGUCACCGGCCGCCAGCAUCAGACCACUAUGAGGGGACCCCUUCAGCUGUAGACAACUCUGAUGCAUUCAGCAGAUCUGUUGAUGAUACUGUCGACAUUAUAAGAAAAAGACUUCAAACACGCAGCGAUCCCCAAAGUCAACAAGCACCUCUUAUCCAGAAUCGUGAAGCCAGUGAGUCAGGUAGGAGGCGGCAAUCAACAGAAUCAUACAAACAGCAGAAUAUACAACAAGAGCAAGUGCAGCGGAGGAGAUCACACAGACCCAGGCACAAUGCUAAAAACAACUGUGAUCAAAUCAAAAGUAGCAUUGUCAAUCAACUGUUCAAAAUGGACAAUGAUAAGAUUCAUAAAUUAAUGGACAAUCCAAACUCGUCAUCAAAGUUUGAAUACGCCAUCAACAGCUUGAUAACUGAGUCACAAAACAGCUACAACAGACACUUGCGAGCCGCUGCUGAGAAAUCACUCUGUGGAUCGCGAAAUGAUGUCAACCAAUAUGACGAAAAUGAUACCAUCUAUGAGGACACUUUCAUGAAGCAAAUGCAAUGUAUUCUAGAACCUCAAGAUACUAUUUUACUUGAAGACAUAAAACCAUUUGUAAUGGCUGAACUAAACAAAGUGCUGCAAUUAAAUGAAUAUGAACACCAAAAUUACAAUAUGGAGAAUACAGAUUAUCGUAAUUAUAAUCAACCAAGUCAGUAUCAUGAUGAUCAUUCUAGUAAUCCUCAGACUUACGAUGAAGUGCGUAAUGCACAUUUAUCUGCAAGUUUUAGUCCUGAGCCUGAUCCGGGAAAGUAUACACAUUUUGAACAUCCUGGCAAUGAUGAAGAAAAUAUUGACAGAAAUAUAGAACAUAAUAGUUCCCAGAAUCAAAACUACAAUGAAAGAAGUACCUUAUUUGAAAGGAGACCAACAAAGAAAAUUGAUGAUCAUCGUAGACACGAAAGAUCGCGGUCAAGGGAAAGAAGGCGGCGCUCUAGUGGCUCUGAAAAACUCUCACAAAAAGACAGCUUUAAAGAGACUAAUCCUCCAUAUUUUGAUGUUAAUGCUGAACAAAUUUCAGACGAAGAAGAUCCUUUUGCAGAACUCGACAAGCAGUACCAUGUGGCAGUUGACCAUAACUUUAUUGAAGCAGAUGAUCCCACUUUACCAGAGUACCCCAUUUCAUCUGCCCCACCCAAGCAAGAAGCUAAACACAUACCCAAAAUUAGCCCAUUCAAAACACCCAAAACUGCAGAAGACUUGAAGCUAGAAGAACUGCAAGCUUUAGAGAGUAACAUCAAAUCUGAACUGCUACAAUAUGCAGAUGAUAUUAAUUCCACCUCUGAUCAGCCUUUAUCAAAGAAACCUAACAAUCCUUUACCGUCAUUGGAGCAUGUGACUAUAAAGAAAGAGAGUGUUGAGUCCAAAGACAGAGAGGACUUAAACAAAUCAGACUCAUCUAAUACUUCUACAGACAAAUCAACAAAGCAUUCCAGCUCCCGCAAAAGGUCCACAGAUCAAAGACCAUCCCAUCGAAAAGAAAAGCGAAAGAAAUCUGAAACAAAUCAAGUUGAAAGUAGUAAACAGAUAUUAAACAAGAAUAUUAUCAUAAAUGUGAAUGAUUGUGCUGCAAAAACAUCUGAAGCAUGCGAGUCCAGUAAAAAAUCUAUUUUUAAUCUGUAUUUUUCUAAAGGUGAAAGCACUCAAGUUAAUAAUGAAAAAAGAAGUGAAAGUUGUAACCCUAGCAUAUCAGAAAAACAUGUUAAAAGAAAAGAAUCACCACAAAAACCUUUUAAAGAUAAAGGAAAUGACAGUAAAACAAAGGCCACAUCUACCUCCAGUAAUCAUUCCCAGUUGACUCCUAAGGAAAGCAAUAACAGUGAAAGUCCAACCAAAUCUGACAGUACAACUAAACUGAAAACUAUUAAUAUGUUUGAAGCAUUGCCCAAGAAGAGUUCUGUGCAUCAGUCAGUCCGAAACACUUGUGAAAAGGUAUCCAGCAAAACUCCUGAAGAGAAAGUAAAAACUUUGCCAUUAAAAAGCAUCAGUAAACAGGUUGUAAGAAGACAUGUUUCCACACAAGUUUACAGAAAAAAUAUCCCUAAAUCAUGUCAAACAGUUACAAUGAAAACGGUUGAGAAAGUAGUGCAGACUGAUCCAGUGACAAUUGAGAAAUCUGCUCCCAAGUCAACAAAUGCUUUCGAGCGCAUGAAAGAGAUCGACAUGGAAAUUCAGGUGCUGCUGCAAGAAAAAUUCAAGCUCUAUAAUUCUUUGGAAUCCAAUGAAUCCUCUUCUGGCACUAUGCCUACAUUGGGCAUGACAGUGCUAAAUAUGGAAAAACCAGGAGAAGGUGCUGAAGAUGGAAAUGUUGACAGCAUUGUGGAUGAGUUUACCAGUAUACCAGUAGAUGAACUGGAGCAGAUAGCCUUAGAGUCUGUACAGCAAACAAGCAGCAAUGAGCGAGUGGAAAAAGAUGGAGAAAAUCAGAAACCGAAGAGAAAAAUACGCCGACCGAAACAUAUCCAAGAUGAUAUAACUGAAAUAGACCUUACUAUGACACCGAAAAAGAAUAAAAAGUCUAAAACACCUAACAUUUCACUGCUUGAGCAGAUUAUUACAGACAGCAGGCCCCUGGAAGAGAUCAUAUCUCUGGACGACUUCGAGACCUCGCCGGUCAAAACCAAAAAUAAGAAAAAGAGCAAAAAUGCACAGAAACCAAAGACAACAAAGACCAAGAGACAAACAACAGAGCCAGUAUCAAAUACUGACUAUGUUCUAAAAGAAUGUUCUGUUGUUUUAAUAAGAGAAGAUUUGACUAAAUACAUGAAAAGGAAUCUAGAAGUUGAAGUAGAGCAUAAACCCGUGAUCAAAGAAGAAACAGUGACAAAAACAGAAGAAGUUACUCCAUUGGACCGAGCACCAUCACCUGCAGUUGUGACAGAAAUGGUUGUGGAGCCUCCGAUAAAUGAUUUCCACUUUCAGUGUGACAUGCUGGACGUAUCUGAAGACAUAGUCAUUGACAGCAACUGUGAGAUGAAGAUGGGAGUGAAGGAGUUAGUGAGUGAGUCGGUGAUAGAAGAGGUAGUGCUUGACAACAGUCAGUCGAGCGUGGUGGCUACAGAGGUGGAGAUGACGCAGCUUAGUGGCUGCAGGACGUAUGACUACUCCGCUGAUGAGGAUCUGAAGCAGGACUCGUUGGCUGUCACGGGUAAUGGUGAUGCUGUGCUGGCUAUUGAGUGCAUAGACAAGAACUUCCUGGCGGCGUGUCUAGACGGCAACGUGUACCACUUCUCUGGUGACGGGCGGCUUCUGGCCACACUACGAGGGUCCAACCUCGCCGUCACUUGUCUCACCAUCGUGCAGGAGAAGUACGGGACCACCGUGUUUACCGGCUCGCUGGAUUCCAGGAUACGCUACUAUGAUUUGGAGACGGGUCUGGAGAAGGGUCCAGAGUGCAACGUGCUCAGCCCCAUACAGACGAUGGACCGGGCGUGGGACACCGUGUUCGUGGGCACGCGCACCGGCUUCGUGCUGCAGUUCGAGUGCAAGAACAAUCUACUAAUACCAGUGAGCACGAUCAAGUUCUCUGACCAGUCCAUUCUGGCGCUCCGGGCUCUCAAGGAAGGUCCACGGAAGGUGCUUCUAGUGGCCGCCAGAUCGGAAAAUGUCACAAUAAAGGACGCCCAAACGGGCCUUCUACUUAGGACUCUGGUCGGGCCCAAAAUGACAGUGUAUACGCUGUUAUACGAAGACGGGAAAGUUUACUGCGGGACCAGUAGUAACCAGAUACAGGUGUUUGAUUAUGCUAGCGGCACUCACACGGGGCACCACGACGGCGGCAAAGGCGCGGUCUGCUUACGCGUGUGCGGCGGCCUCGUGUUCGCGGGGUGCUACGACGGCUGCGUGUACGUGUUCCGCGGCGGCGAGCGAGCGCCCGCGGCCGUGCUGCGGGGCCCGACGGUCAUGCUGCUGUCGUUGGCGCUGUGCGGGACCAAGAUGAUUGUCGGCUACAAAGACAGAAGUUUGUACAUAUGGAAAAUACCAGAUAAUAUAUUGCAAGAAAUGGUUUUAUAAAUCUAUAGAUUAGGUAUAAUGUUAGUAGGUUUAACCUUAACUUUUGUUGAUUACUGAUUAUAAGCCUUUUUCGUAACCUAGUUUAUGUGAAUAGUACAUAUGCGCUAUUGUUAACACUGUAAAUAACUAUUUACCUUUACACUGAGUUUUAUUUUGUUUAGUAAAAAAUAUAGAAAACUAAGUUUCAAUAAAAGUUUUAAGGAUA